AUGUGGUGUGCAGUGUGGCACAGGGGUGGCACAGGGGUGGCACAGGGGUGGCACAGGGGUGGCACAGGGGUGGCACAGGGGUGGUACAGGGGUGGUACAGGGGUGGCACAGGGGUGGCACAGGGGUGGCACAGGGGUGGCACAGGGGUGGCACAGGGGUGGCACAGGGGUGGCACAGCACAGGGUGAGGCAGAGCAGAGGGGCGGGGCUCACUGGGUCGGUCAAGGCACUGCGUGCGCGGGAUGAUCUGCGCGUACUGCUCCGCUGCACAUGCCUUGCACUCCGCCGCCCCCGCACUGUCACCACGGGCGGUGGGAAGAUGGUGACAUGA